GUGCAAGUGCAAGUGCAAGGCUAGCUAGCUACAGUACAGCUGACGAGAAAAGGGGGUAGCUAGAGAGCUAGCUGUUAGCAAUGGCGAACGCUACGCUUGCCGUCGUGGCGCUGCUUGUUCUGGUGCAGGUUUCGUGCGGCGUCGCGCGGCAUCACCACGAGCACCACCCGGACCCGUGCGGCGGGGACGACGACUCGGUCGGCCUGAUGGGCCACAAGGACAACGGCUGCUCGUCGCCGGCCGUGUCGCGCCACGGUACGCGCGCGGUGAUGACGGUGAACGGGUUCCAGAGGGGCGAGGACGGCGGAGGCCCGUCGGAGUGCGACGGGCACUACCACAGCGACAACGACCUGAUCGUGGCGCUGUCCACGGGGUGGUACGCGGGAGGGAAGAGGUGCCACAAGAAGAUCCGCAUCACGAGCGUGCAGAACGGGCGCACCGUGGAGGCAACGGUCGUGGACGAGUGCGACUCCCGCCAUGGCUGCAAGACCAACAUCGUCGACACGUCCAAGGCCGUCUGGAAGAAGCUAGGGCUCAACACCGAAAUUGGCGAGGUCCCAGUCAUCUGGUCCGACGCAUGAAAUAAAUGAAACCAGCCGUCGAUCGCGCGGAGGGCGGCCGGUGGUCUUGCAUGCCGGCUGGCCGCCAGCAAGGGGAAGGACGAAGACAUGUUCUUUGAUCAGGUCCCUUUGCCCCUGCAGUUUGCUUGUUGUUGUUGUUGUCAUGUACGUGAGAGUCUAUGAUUGUACCUGCGUCUAGAGGAUGACAGGACGGUACAGUUGAUGUGUGUGUCGUUUGUGUCCAUUAUUGCUACUCUCGAGGCAUGCUACCUAGGUAGCAAGAGUG